AUGACCCCAAGAAAAUCAUACUAUGAAGUCCUGGGAGUGACAAAAGAGGCAACUUUGCCUGAGAUACGAAAGGGAUACAGGACGGCCUUAUUAGCAUCCCAUCCAGACAAGAAGUUCACAAGCAGCGGUUCCGGUCAGUUGCAGAGUGACAUCUCGGUCAUUCAAGAUGCGUACAAAGUGCUCUCUGAUUCAGAAAUGAGGCUGGAGUACGACAACGAUUUGCAAAGUGUGUUGGAGCUCAAUCAUAAGAUCGAGCUGCUGGGUGAGGCUCUAGAGGUGAUGACCCUUGAUGAGUUCGAGGAGGUGGAGAUUAAUGGAGAGAUCGAAUGGUGCAAAGACUGUCCCAGAUGUACUCAAAAGCACAGCUUUGUUCUGUCUGGUGACCAUUUGGAGGCAGGUAUGAGUUAUAAUAACCAGAACGAUGAAGACCUCAGUUAUGAAAUCGUGAUACAGUGCAGUUCGUGCAGUCUGUGGUUGAAGGUGAAGUAUUAUGAUUUGGAAGGGGAAGAUGGCGAAGAAUUGUGA